CCUCUGUCCGUCUCCUCUGGUAGGUUCCACAAUGGUACAGGCAGCAUCACGCUGCACAAUGGUUUCCAGGCAGUGAAAGAGGGUGAUUCAGCAAGCCACUCUCCUUCUUCUUUUUUUAAAUCCUCCCCUUUUCUUUUUAUUUUUAUGGGGGUUGGUGGUGCAUGUUAUAUGCUUACCUUUUUCUUUUCCGUUUUCAUUUUUACAAAUUUCUUUUUUUCUCCUCACCCCUCAAUUGCUAGGGGCUUGAGUGAGUUUAAGAUUGAGUCUUCUUGGAAAUCGCCUGUCUAUCAUUAAUUUUAAAUAAUCUCUCCACCUCCAAAAAUUAUCUUCCUCAUUACAGUUUGGAAUGUGGUCAAUGAAAACCAAGUAGGGAGGAUUUCUGGGGCAGACACUGCCGGAUCAGGAUCGUAGUUCUCAGACACGGAAUGGUAUUUAUGAGCCUUCAUUUCUUAUACUACUGCAGUGAACCAACCUUGGAUGUGAAAAUUGCCUUUUGUCAGGUGUGUGUUCCUUACAGGUAGAACAAGGGAUUUGAUAAACAAGUGGAUGUGUCAUAUAUUGCCAAACAUUACAACAUGAGCAAAAGCAAAGUGGACAACCAAUUCUACAGUGUGGAAGUGGGAGACUCAACCUUCACAGUUCUCAAGCGCUACCAGAAUCUAAAGCCUAUUGGCUCUGGGGCUCAGGGAAUAGUUUGUGCUGCAUAUGAUGCUGUCCUUGACAGAAAUGUGGCCAUUAAGAAGCUCAGCCGGCCAUUUCAGAACCAAACACAUGCCAAGAGAGCUUACCGGGAGCUGGUCCUCAUGAAGUGUGUGAACCAUAAAAAUAUUAUUAGUUUAUUAAAUGUCUUCACACCCCAGAAAACGCUGGAGGAGUUCCAAGAUGUUUACUUAGUAAUGGAACUGAUGGAUGCCAACUUGUGUCAGGUGAUUCAGAUGGAAUUAGACCAUGAGCGAAUGUCUUACCUGCUAUACCAAAUGUUGUGUGGCAUCAAGCAUCUCCACUCUGCUGGGAUUAUUCACAGGGAUUUAAAACCAAGUAACAUUGUAGUCAAGUCUGAUUGCACAUUGAAAAUCCUUGACUUUGGACUGGCCAGGACAGCAGGCACAAGCUUCAUGAUGACCCCUUAUGUGGUGACACGUUAUUACAGAGCCCCUGAGGUCAUCCUGGGAAUGGGCUACAAGGAGAACGUGGAUAUAUGGUCUGUGGGAUGCAUUAUGGGAGAAAUGGUUCGCCACAAAAUCCUCUUUCCAGGAAGGGAUUAUAUUGACCAGUGGAAUAAGGUAAUUGAGCAACUAGGAACACCUUGCCCGGAAUUCAUGAAGAAAUUGCAACCCACAGUAAGAAACUAUGUGGAGAAUCGACCCAAGUAUGCAGGACUCACCUUCCCCAAGCUCUUUCCAGAUUCCCUCUUCCCAGCGGACUCUGAGCACAAUAAACUUAAAGCCAGCCAAGCCAGGGAUUUGUUGUCAAAGAUGCUAGUGAUUGACCCAGCCAAGAGGAUAUCAGUGGAUGACGCCUUACAGCACCCUUACAUCAACGUCUGGUACGAUCCUGCCGAAGUGGAGGCGCCUCCACCUCAGAUAUAUGACAAACAGCUGGAUGAAAGAGAGCACACCAUUGAAGAAUGGAAAGAACUUAUUUACAAGGAAGUGAUGAGUUCAGAAGAAAAGACUAAAAAUGGCGUAGUAAAAGGACAACCUUCUCCUUCAGGUGCAGCAGUGAACAGCAGUGAGAGUCUCCCUCCAUCCUCGUCUGUCAAUGACAUCUCCUCCAUGUCCACCGACCAGACCCUGGCAUCUGACACUGACAGCAGCCUGGAAGCCUCGGCGGGACCCCUGGGUUGUUGCAGGUGACUAGCCGCCUGCCUGCGAAACCCAGCGUUCUUCAGGAGAUGAUGUGAUGGAACACACACACACACACACACACACACACACACACACACACAGACACUCAUGCACACACACAAAUGCAGACACAAAAUGUCAAGAAAUCAGAAAGGGAGAGAAUCCAAGCCUAAAAUUGAAACAAAUCUUUCAGCCUGCUUCUCCAAAGUUCUGUAAUGCAGCUAAGCUCAAAUGUCUAUAUAACUUCUAGUUGCUCUUGCUUUGGUCUCCUUCCAAUGAUGCUUAUUACAGAAAGCAGAUCAAACACAAUUAGAGAAGCCUUUCACAUAAAGUGUAAUUUAAAUGGCUGCAAAACCAGCAACCCGUAACUGCCCUUUCAAAUGGCAUGACAAGGUGUGCAGUGGCCCCAUCCAGCAUGUGUGUGUCUCUAUCUUGCAUCUACCUGCUCCUUUUGGCCUAGUCAGAUGGAUGUAGAUACAGAUCCGCAUGUGUCUGUACUCAUACAGCACUAUGUAGAGAUGCUACUGUCAGUGUCCUCAGGGCUCUCCCAAGACAUCACGCACUGGGGUACCACAUGGUCCAUUUCAUGUGAUCUAUUACUCUGACAUCAACUCAUCUGUAAUAUAUUGCCAGUAUAUAAGCUGUUUAGUUUGUUAAUUGAUUAAGCUGUAUGUCUUAUAAGAAACCAUGUAAAGGGGGAUAUAAGAGGGGAGUGAGCUCUCGGACCCUUGAAGAUGUAGCUUCCAAAUUUAAACUGAUUAAAUGGCACCUGUAUACCAAUUUAUAGAAAGAACAUAUGUGAUGCUUAUGUACAGUGUGUGUGUGGGGAGGGGGUAACAGUUUUCAGGUUCUGAAUGGUUUGACCUUUAGAAAGAAUGUGUGAAUAAAAGCUGAGGACCUUUUCUCAGACAACAAACAGGUUGCAGAGAGUAGAGAGUAGGGCUGAGGUGUGGACCAGAACCGAAAGGAAAUGAUUGCCCAGGUGCUAGGGGGCACCACUGUCCAUAUUUUAAAGAGUAGACCCCCAAUUUGUCAUUUCUAGAUUACAUGUCAUGACAGGAGGCUGUAGAGUGGCAGGUGGUGAGGCAGGGUCAUCGAGUACACUUUGGAAGGUAACAAUCCUUCCCAGAAACAAAGUGGAAUUGCCUCCCUGUGACUUACUUAGCAGAACACAAGCCCACCUAGACUUCUUUCAGAUUGUAGGUUGAGUUUUCUGUUUGUGGACUGCUUCCCAGAUUCAUAUCCUGCCAAGGUUUUAUUUUGAGAAGAAAUACUGCUUUCCUCUUCUGGGAGAAAAAUACAAUUAACUAGUUAAAAUAAAAUCCCCAAAGCACAGGGUGAUCCUUAGAUUAGCAUUUGAAAACAUCUCCAGAGACAUUGCUAUUUCUCAGGAGUUUCCCUGACUCCUUUAUAUGACUGAUGUUUCAUGUUUAUUUAUUUAUUUUCAUGAGUUUGAACAAUCCAAGAAGGGCUGAUAAUCAGAAAUUUGUACUGCAGUAGAUGUGAGAGCAAUAACUGCCACAAGUUACUGCGGCUAAUGGUGUUAGCAAUAUGAGUUUGUCUGAAAGCCAUGAAGCAUUAAUGUCCAUGUUUAGCAAAAUCAUCUGAGUUUAGUUUCAAUUAAAUGAAAGUGCUUUUCCGAGCACCCAUGGAGGCACUGUGAAACCUCUUGGUUAUAUACUCGGCAAUACCCGUGUGACUUCUCAGCAAUAAUAGGAAUGAGGCACAGGCUUCCCUUCUUUUUUCACUUUGGUGAAGUACCAUCACAGUUAUUUGCACUCUGGCCAUUUUGGUGCUCACCAAUGUGGUGGUAUUUCACCUGAAAAAGAAGUGAAACACAUGAAAUGGAUGGUUGGUGAGUGUGAUAUGACUGGCAAAUGGAAGCCCCACAGAAACAGAGCGAAGGUGAAUAACAUUACUCUGCAAACUGCCUUAAUACAUUAACAGAGAAGCUGUCUCUUUUCAAGCAAUAGAGUCCCUAGGGACCUGCACCCACCACCACCACCACCACCACCACCACUCAAGCUGUGCUUCCUUUGUGGGAUUGCUUCACACACUAGGAUUCCUUGUAAGGGACAAUUUGUUUAAAAUGGAGAGAACAUCAUUAGAUUGCGCAGCUUAUCCCCUGGAAUAAGAAUGUCCACUCUAUCUUGCUACCAUUCUUUUUGGUUAAUAUUUCAGAUGACCUGGGUUUUUUUUUUUAACGCCCCCUCCUUCAUAUGAGCUCUGUUGCUUUUCUUUCUGUUGAAUUCCUUUCUUUUAAACUUCUUUAUUUGUAUCCAUACUCUCUACUUCUCAUCAUCCUCUGUAUUUUGUCCUUGAUAUAUCUGUGGCCUCAUCCCCCAACCCACACACACAUGGGAUUAAGUGCAGAGAGCAGACAGCUUCUUGAAAGACACAAGUCUGGAGGGAAAUUUCAUCAGUCACAGAUGACCCAGACACACAGAGAGAUCUCCAGCAGCAUCCUCAAAGAUCUUGAUAGGAAGGUUAUUUUAUAUAUAUAUAUAUAUAUGGAUACAAUACCUUUAUUUUAUUUCUUUUUUAUGUGGUGCUGAGGAUUGAACCCAGGGCCUUGCAUGUACUAGGCAAGUGCUCUACCAUUGAGCCCCAGCUCCUGACCCAGCUACUGCCCCAGCCCCAGCCCCAGAAAGGUUAUCUUUCAUUUUGCACAAGCAAUGGGAUUUUGUUUCUUUUAUUCACACAGACCAAAUCUGGCAAGAGCUAGACAUUUCCCCACCCUUGCUAUUGUAGCCUUCCUAAGCUCCACUAGUCUUUGAUCUCCAGUUCCUUUAAUGGGUCUUGGUGCUGUUUACCUGUAGUGAUAGAUCUGUUAUUGCCAAGAAACUUGGAUUUAAGCAGCAUUUACAAAUAGAGGUAAGGUUUUGGCCUCUGGACUUCUUGUGGGAUUAAUUUUACUAGGUGACCAAAGCAAGAUAGAUGAGGGGAAAUGGGACAACAAAGAGAAUCACCACUUUAAAAGCCCCCACUCCUUCCUGUCUUAGGUCCCCUUAUUUAUGAUAUCUUUAAAAGAUAGUUAUGUUAUGGUCCAAUUCACAGAAUAUAUUAUGUUCUGCAUUGUUUUCUUUUCUUCAAAAUAGAAAAAGCACCAAAUAUUUGCUAUGUAUUUACCUGUUAUUCCAAAAAGAUAGAUGGUCUUACCUUUAGGGCAGGAAAGUGUCAAGUCACCUGAACUAUAUUUCUACAAAGAGUGGAGAUCCUGCUUAUGGUGGGGGCUCAUUUUGGAACAAGAAGUUGGUACUCUGAGGCAUCUAACCUUCUGUCUCCUCUCUAGGCAAUUGGUUUCACAGUAAUUCUUAAUAAAAUAUUAUGUAGUGUUCUGCAGAAGGGAUGGCUGGUACCCAUCUGUAGAAAGAAUUAAAUUGUGAGAGUUUAACUAAAUCACCACCAAUUUAGACAUGUCUUUGCUAUUUUUAUAUGUGUUUGGGGGCUCAGUAUGCUCAGUUUUACAAAGGGAUACAUUAACCUUACAACAAAAUUUCUUAUUGUGAAAUAAAAGCUGAAACUAAGAUUUCACCAUCAAAAAAAAAAAAAAAAGAAAGAAUCUAAUGUCGUCUGAGCUUUGUAGUGGCCCAGGUCAAUUUCCACCAAUUAGAGGAGGCUAUUUAAUUAAUAAAGCUGGCCAAGAAGCUGGACACUUUCUCUCAAUCUGUUGUCAUUUUCAGAAAAAAUAUUAUCUAAAGAUACUGAUAACAGCUGACUGGCAAAUUAGAAAAUUAGUCUUGGCAAAAGGCACAAUGCAACAAAUGAGAAUACAUAAAUAGUUUUGUGACCUGUCAGGGGAAAGAACAAUAAAAUGGAUGUCUAAAAAUUUAAAUAUUUAUUGUAUAACCUAAGACACACAAAAAUCUAUAUCUGUUCAAUUCUCUUAACAUAUGACAAUCUACAUCUUAAAAACAUUAUGUUAUACAAGACUGCUGUCAACUAGUUUUGCUGGAAAAAAGGUCUUCUGCAGCUCAGAGGAGUAAAUUUGCUCUAGGAAUUUUUAUCCCCUCCUCUUUGGGUUUGAAGAGUAGUCCCCCUCUCCAAUCAGUCCUCCACACACAUUUUAAUUGUAAGAAUUCAACAUUUUAUACAGAAAUUAUUAAACCAACUAGGAAACUCCUUUAUGUAAAAACAAUAAAAAUGUUACAAUGUAAAUAGUUAAAUUAGUUAUUUUCCUUGUGAUUACAAUAUACGAUUUCUCCCUCUCCCUCUCCACUCCCCCUCUCUCCCCCCAUCCCCUCCAUUUUUUUUUUUUUUUUGCACUUAGUUGUUUAACUGUUCACUUCAACCCAUUUCUUUGGUCAUUCAAAUGGAAACUUCUCUUUAUGUUUGGACUCCUGUAUAUCUACCUUUUGAUUAUGUGGGACUGAUGGCCAGUAUAUCCUAAUAGAAACAAAUCUCCCAGCCCUUAUCUAGCAUUAUCUGUUCACCUUGCCAUGUCCAUCUUGCAAUGCGAUUUAACUUGCACCUGCCUGUUAUUCUGCAUGAUUGGACUCCAAAGACGAUUACCAAUGGUGAGAAUUGUCCUGUGUCCGUUUUUAUAAAAUGUACUUAAAGCACACACAUAUGCACACACAUUCUCACACACGCUAUUACAGUUUUAGGUCAACCCUGGAAGUCAGAACUAUACAGGUCCAGUUUUUUUUGCAAGGUCUUAGAGGUGAGAACUGAAGUCAAGCAGCCAGAUGGAUAGAAUGCAGUCUUGGUGAUGUCUAAUGGGGAUUUGAAAUCAUUCAAGUCAUUUCUGUGUUCUUUCUCACAUUUUUUUAUUUCUAAUUUUUCCUUUAUAUUGUCUUUGGACUAGAGGAGAACUUUGACUUCUUUUGACUCUUCAUAGGGGUUACUGAUCAAUAUAUUGUGUUUCUGUUUCAUAUGGAUUAUUAAAACUGAAGGAAAUCUGAUUCUAUUAACAUAAAACCAAAUCCAAACCCAGACUUUGUUGGAGUUUGCCUGUUAACAAUGGUUAUUGUGAUUGUUGCCAUGGGUUUUGUGUACAGACAGUAAUUCUGAAGGGUCGCUCAUCAUUUCAUUUUGACCCCUGGUGAAAGAAGCUUGUCGUGUGGUCUGAUUGCACCAGGGAAUAAAUAAGAAAUGAGCAAUGGACUAAUUUCUCACCGUGGGUCAAGAGUGUGUACUAUGAAUACAACCAUAGAAUGCUGUGU